AUGCCGCGAUGCAGGAUUUCAUGCACGGUGGCGUGUGCCAUAGUAAGGUGCCAAGACUACACGGGGCUCAAGACCCAGGUGCUUCAAGGCGGCAACGGAGCGCCCGAGUCGGGCGGCCGCUCCGAGUCCGAGGACAGCGCGCCGGACGGCUCCGGCAAGGGCAAGGGCCCGUGGAAUAAGCCUGUGCUGCAAGGCGGCAACGGAGCGCCCGAGUCGGGCGGCCGCUCCGAGUCCGAGGACAGCGCGCCGGACGGCUCCGGCAAGGGCAAGGGGCCGUGGAAUAAGCCUACCCAAGUGCUGCAAGGCGGCAACGGAGCGCCCGAGUCGGGCGGCCGCUCCGAGUCCGAGGACAGCGCGCCGGACGGCUCCGGCAAGGGCAAGGGCCCGUGGAAUAAGCCUGUGAGCUACACGGGACUCAAGACCCAGGUGCUGCAAGGCGGCAACGGAGCGCCCGAGUCGGGCGGCCGCUCCGAGUCCGAGGACAGCGCGCCGGACGGCUCCGGCAAGGGCAAGGGCCCGUGGAAUAAGCCGGUGGAGGUGGAGCCGCCGCCGCCGCCGCCGCCCGUGGAGGAGCCGCCGCGGCGCGAGGUGAAGCCGGCCGCGUACGUCGCGCCCGCGCAGCGUAAUCGUCCCGUCGAGCCGCUGCGUCGUCACCAGGCAAAGCACGCGCCGGACAUCCACAACGACGAUACCUUCCCGGUGCUCGGCGCCGGCCCCGGGGCCAAGCGCGGCGGCUGGAGCACCGCCGGCGCCUCGCCCGCGCCCGCCCACCACGCGCGCCAGCCGCUCGCGCUCGGCAACCGCUUCACCACGCUGCAGGACGACAGCUAGCCAGGUGCGUCACAGGACACAGCUAGCCUGGUGCGUCACAGGACAC